GAGGAUGAGGUGAAGCGAGUGCUCACCAUCAUGCAGAACCCGAGACAGUACAAGAUUCCAGACUGGUUCCUGAACAGACAGAAGGAUGGGAAGGAUGGGAAAUAUAGCCAGGUUCUGGCCAAUGGUCUAGACAACAAGCUGAGUGAGGACCUGGAGUGGCUGAAGAAAAGUCAAGCCCAUAGAGGGCUGCGCCACUUUUGGGGCCUUCAUGUCUGCGGUCAGCACACCAAGACCACUGGCCGCAGGGGCCGUACUGUGGGUGUAUCCAAGAAGAAAUGAGUCUCUGGGCCUUUGCUGUUAAUAAAUAGUUUAUAUACCUAUG